UACGUCGUAUCUUGUACGAGAGAGAUGAUCAAAAGUUGCUGGGCCAAUUGGAACUCUGCCCUUUGAAUUUGGAACCUUGAUGUUUAAGCUUGUCCCAGCCGAUGAGCCCCGACCACCGAGUACAGUAUACACUAUCUCCGAGAUUGAACAUGGGCACCUCGCGGCUCCAGCACUUCUUUGGCGCGCUCCCACCGGCCCGGCUCGUAAUUGCACGGGCCGAUGCACUCUCCUGGAUGAAUCUCCCACCGCAACGAAUCCUCAGAACACUUGAUGUGAGUGAAGUAGGUACCCUCCUCGACAAGUCGUGCUCCUUGCAUUCGAAAAAAGGUGUUAACCAGACAACAUCGAGCGCUAGAUGGCAGUGGUGUACAUGUUCUCAAGUUGAAGUCAAAAAACGCCCUUCGCCUUGGUCACGACCAAUCGGCCGUGGGAUCUGGACGAGGCAUUCCACCGUCGGUUACAGGAAAAGAUUCUCUUCAAGACUUCCCGAUGAGGAAUGCCGCCGCCCUAUACUCUGGACGUCCCUCAACAAGGAUGACCUCGACGACGAUGAGGACCUCACCAAGUUGGCGAUACAAACCGCAGGUUACUUUGGAUCUCAUCUGCGCAGUGUAUGCGCCGCCCCCAGGCAGCGCUGAUGUGGUCCCUGGAGAAUGUGAAACUUGAGCAACCCGAGCGUAAGCUGAGGUUGGAACGUAAAUUUUUUGCAAGAGCUACCGAUAAGAUUCGACCAAGCAAUGCGCCACAAGCAUCACGUCAAAU